AACUUACCGGAGCUUGUGUUACACCUCACGUGGCGACCUGGUAAGUCGGUGGACCAGGCGCCCUCAGACGCCCUUCCGUGGGUGCUCGAGACGGUGGUGAGCUCGAGACGUGGUGUGCUCGUGGUGGUGCAGUGAAGCGCGGCUUAAACAUCCUGACAAGGUUAUUCGAUAUUUGAGAAUUAGACGACUUUAGGCAUUCACCACCAACAUGCCCGGCCACGUAAAGAAAUCCACGGGUCCCGACCCUGAUCCCACCGAGUUCUUGUUCAUCUCCAUCGAGAUGAAGAUGCAGGACGCCACCAAGCCUUACGACGCCAAGAAGUCCUGUUGGGUACCUGACCCCAAAGAGGGCUACAUCGAGGGUGAGAUUCAAGGCACCAAGGGCGAUCUUAUCACCGUCUAUGCUGGUGGCGAGACCAAGGACUGGAAGAAGGAUCUGGUCGGUCAGGUCAACCCUCCCAAGUACGAGAAAUGCGAGGACAUGUCCAACUUGACCUACCUUAACGAUGCCUCCGUCCUCUACAACUUGAAGUCCCGUUACGUCGCUAAGCUCAUCUACACCUACUCCGGUCUCUUCUGUAUCGCCAUCAACCCCUACAAGCGCUACCCCAUCUACACCAACCGCGCAGUCAAAAUCUACCAAGGCAAGAGGCGUAAUGAGGUGCCUCCCCAUCUCUUCGCUAUCGCUGACGGCGCCUACAUGAACAUGCUGCAAGAUGGCGAGAACCAGUCUAUGCUUAUCACCGGUGAGUCCGGUGCCGGCAAGACUGAGAACACCAAGAAGGUACUCUCCUACUUCGCCAACGUCGGCGCCACCACCAAGAAGAAGGGAGAAGUUGAGAAGGCUAACCUGGAGGACCAGAUCAUCCAGACCAACCCUGUCCUGGAAGCUUUCGGUAACGCCAAGACCACCCGUAACGACAACUCUUCCCGCUUCGGUAAGUUCAUCCGUAUCCACUUCCAAGCCAGCGGCAAGCUAUCAGGUGCUGACAUUGAGGUCUACCUGCUGGAGAAGGCUCGCGUCAUCUCCCAGCAACCUGCUGAACGCUCCUACCAUAUCUUCUACGAGUUGAUGUCAGACCAAAUCAAGACAAUUAAACCCCUGUGUUACCUUAGCAACGACAUCUACGAUUAUCACUACGUGUCUCAGGGCAAGGUCACCGUCCCCUCCAUUGAUGACGGCGAAGACAUGCAGUUCUGUCACGACGCCUUCGACAUUCUUGGCUUCACUCCUCAAGAUGUUGAAGAGGUCUACAGAGUCACCGCCGCUGUCAUGCACAUGGGUGAGAUGAAAUUCAAACAGAAGGGUCGCGAUGAGCAGGCUGAAGCCGACGGCACUGAGACUGGUGACAUUGUAGCAAAGUUGCUCGGUGUUACCGGUGAUGACCUGUACAGGAACAUUACCAAGCCUAAGAUCAAGGUCGGUUCUGAGUUUGUAUCCAAGGGUAUGAACGUGAAUCAGUGUAACUACUCAGUUGGUGCCCUGGCUAAGGGUCUGUUCGAUCGUGUCUUCAAGUGGCUGGUAGUAAAGUGUAACAAGACCCUGGAGACUGGCCAAAAACGUCAUUCCUUUAUUGGUGUGCUCGACAUUGCCGGCUUCGAGAUCUUCGACUACAACGGCUUCGAGCAGAUCUGUAUCAACUUCUGUAACGAGAAGCUGCAGCAGUUCUUCAACCAUCACAUGUUUGUGCUGGAACAAGAGGAGUACAAGAAGGAAGGUAUCAACUGGGUCUUCGUCGACUUCGGUAUGGACCUGCAAGCCUGCAUCGAGCUCUUCGAGAAGAAAAUGGGUCUUCUCUCCAUCCUAGAGGAAGAAUCUAUGUUCCCCAAGGCUACCGACAAGUCCUUCCAGGAGAAGUUGAACGCCAACCAUCUGGGAAAAUCUCCCGUGUUCAUCAAGCCCAAGCCACCCAAGCCCGGCGAGGUCGAGGGCCACUUCGCCAUUGUUCACUACGCCGGUACUGUCACUUACAACUUGGCGGGCUGGCUGGAGAAGAACAAGGAUCCUCUCAACGACACCGUCGUCGACCAGCUCAAGAAGUCCUCCAACGAGCUUAUCGUUACCAUCUUCGCUGACCAUCCUGGACAGUCAGGUCCUGCUGAAUCUGGCGGAGGCAAAGGCGGUAAGAAAUCUGGCUCCUUCAAGACAGUGUCUUCUGGAUACAGGGACCAGCUCAAUAACUUGAUGAGGACCCUGAACUCUACUCACCCCCACUUCAUCCGAUGCAUCGUCCCCAACGAGACCAAGUCCCCAGGUGUGACUGAGGCCGGCCUUAUCAUGCAUCAGCUCACCUGUAACGGUGUGCUUGAGGGCAUCCGUAUCUGUCGUAAGGGCUUCCCCAACAGGAUGGUCUACCCUGACUUUAGGCACCGCUACAAGAUCCUGGCUUCUAAGGAGAUGACUGAGAUAUCUGACUCGAAGGCGGCUGCUAAGGCUUGCUUCGACAAGUCCGGUCUCGACGAGGAACUCUACCGCUUGGGUAACACGAAGGUGUUCUUCCGAGCUGGUGUCCUGGGUACUUUGGAGGAGAUCCGAGAUGCCCGCUUGGGUAAGAUUAUCACCUGGAUCCAAUCAUGGAUCCGUGGCUUCACCGGCAGAAGGGAAUUCGGAAGACUUCAAGAGCAGCGCGUUUCUCUCGUUGUUGUUCAACGCAACCUAAGGAAGUUCCUUUCAAUGCAGUCCUGGGUCUGGUUUAACCUUUGGCAGAAGGUCAAGCCCCUUCUUCAUGUUACUCGUAUUGAAGACGUAAUUUAUGAGCUGAAACAGAAAGCCCUUAAAGCCCAGGAAGACUAUGACAACGAAUUAAAGGCUCGCCAGGAUUUGGAAGCUGCUAUUGCUACUCUUCAAGAAGAAAAGAAUAACAUGCUGACUGCUCUUGAAUCUACCAAGGGCAAUAUGUCAGAGUUCCUUGACAAACAGGCCAAACUUCAAUCUCAAAAGCAUGAGCUAGAAGUUCAGUUUAAUGAAAUUAGCGAGCGUCUUGUGAAGGAAGAGGAAGCACGUGGAUCACUAUCCCUAGAGAAGAAACAGACCGAACAAGAAAUUGGAAACAUGAGAAGGGACUUUGAAGAUAUGGAACUUUCACUGCAGAAGGCAGAACAAGAUAAAGCUGCCAGGGACCAUCAAAUUCACAACAUUACAGAAGAAAUUGCACACCAGGAAGAACUCCUUAACAAGGCAAACAAGGAAAAGAAGCAUCUUCAAGAGCUUGGCCAAAAGGCUUCUGAUGAAUUCCAGGGAAUUGAAGACAAAUGCAAUCAUCUCCACAACAUUAAGACAAAGCUCGAGCAAACCCUGGAUGAGCUUGAGGACUCACUGGAGCGGGAAAAGAAACUGCGUAGUGACGUGGAGAAGAACAAGAGGAAAGUUGAAGGAGACCUUAAGCUCACUCAAGAGGCUGUGGUUGACUUAGAACGAAAUUAUAAGGAUAUUGAAAGUACUAUCCAACGAAAAGAUAAGGAGUACGUUGCACUUGCUAGCAAGCUCGAGGAUGAUCAGGGUGCGCUUUCGAAGGUCCAGAGGCAGAUAAGAGAGCAGCAGUCCCGAAUUGAGGAGCUCGAACAGGAGGUUGAACAUGAGCGUCAAGCCCGUGCGAAGGCUGAAAAGGGAAAGAGCAGUCUUGCUCGUGAGCUUUCAGAACUCACAGAUCGUCUGGACGAAGCUGGUGGAGCCACCGCUGCCCAGGUGGAGCUGAAUAAGAAGCGUGAAGCAGAACUGGCCAAACUCCGCCGCGACCUCGAGGAGACGACCAUCCAGCAUGAUUCUGCUCUUAAUCUUCUUCGUAAGAAGCAUAAUGAUGCCGUCGCUGAAAUGUCAGAACAGGUCGACCACCUCAACAAGACGAAGGCAAAGAUUGAAAAAGAGAAGAAUACUCUGAAGCGUGAGGCAGAUGAUGCCAAAUCAGCCAUGGACGGUCUUACCCGAGACAAGGCUGCUGCAGAGAAGUCAUUGAAACAAUUCCAGCAGCAAAUAGCUGAACUUAAUGCCAAGUUUGAAGAAUCCACCCGGACUCUCAAUGACUUUGACGCCGGGAAGAAAAAGCUUGCAAUUGAAAAUGCUGAUCUUCUACGCCAGCUUGAAGAGGCUGAAAACCAAUUGGGACAGUUGUCUAAGAUUAAAGUCUCUCUUCAUUCUCAACUUGACGAUUCCAAAAAGGUCGCCGAUGAGGACAGCAAAGAACGUGCAAUUCUUCUUGGAAAGUAUCGCAACUUGGAGCAUGACAUUGAUGGCCUCCGAGAACAACUAGAUGAAGAGAGUGAGAGCAAGACUGACUUACAGCGCCAGCUGACCAAAGCUAAUGCUGAAUCCCAAAUGUGGCGCUCGAAAUAUGAGUCAGAGGGUGUUGCCCGGGCAGAGGAGAUUGAAGCUUCCCGAUUAAAGCUUGCUGCACGUCUUGAAGAAGCCGAAGCUCAGAUUGAACAACUCAACGUGAAGAACCUAGCCUUGGAGAAAUCAAAGGAGAAACUUGGUGCAGACUACGAUGAAACGUUGAUUGCAAUUGAACGUGCUGAAGCGUUAGCUCAGGCUGCAGAAAAGAAACAGAAGAACUUCGAUAGAAUAAUUUCCGAAUGGAAGUUGAAGGUUGACGAUCUUGCUGCUGAACUCGAUGCUUCUCAGAAAGAAUGCCGCAACUACUCGACAGAACACUUCCGCGUUAGGGCAGCCUACGAAGAAAAUCUUGAACACCUCGACACUGUUCGCCGCGAGAACAAAAACUUAGCUGAUGAGAUCAAGGACCUGAUAGAUCAGAUUGGCGAUGGUGGCCGAAACUACCAUGAUCUUACGAAGAACGUCAAACGUCUUGAGAUCGAGAAAGAAGAACUUCAGGCAGCUCUUGAGGAGGCCGAAUCUGCUCUUGAACAGGAGGAGAACAAGGUACUUCGUGGUCAACUUGAACUAAGCCAGGUUAGACAAGAAAUCGACAAACGAAUUCAGGAGAAAGAAGAGGAGUUUGACAAUAUUCGUAAGUGUCACAUCCGGGCUCUCGAGUCCAUGCAAGGUUCCCUCGAGGCAGAGGCAAAGGGUAAGGCUGAGGCUCUCCGCCUGAAGAAAAAGCUCGAGUCUGACAUCAGUGAACUCGAAAUCUCUCUUGACCAUUCAAGCAAGGCAUAUACUGACCUACAAAAGAGUUUCAAGAAGCUUCAGAACGAACUAAAGGACACACAAGCAAAGGCCGAAGAUGAACAGCGUCUCGCUUCAGAAUACCGUGAACAAUAUGCCAUAUCUGAACGCCGCGCUAAUUCUCUCCACGGUGAGCUAGAAGAAUCAAGAACUCUUCUUGAACAGUCCGACCGUGGCCGUCGUCAAGCAGAGUCUGAUCUUACUGACGCAAAUGAGCAGUACAGCAACCUCAGUGCCCAAUAUAAUACCGUUUCCAUUGCUAAGAGGAAGCUUGAAGGCGAAUGGCAGACUCUUCACGCUGAUUACGAGGACAUGUUGAACGAGGCCAAGAACUCCGAGGACAAGGCCAAGAAGGCCAUGGUUGACGCCGCCCGCCUGGCUGAUGAGCUCCGCGGUGAGCAGGAACACGCCCAGAAUCUGGAGAAGGUGCGCAAGAGCCUGGAAGUAUCUGUCAAGGAACUCCAAGUUAAGCUUGAGGACAGCGAAAGCUUUGCCGUGAAGACUAGCAAGAAGUCUGUUGGCAAGUUGGAGGGUCGUGUCCGCGAACUGGAAGGCCAGCUCGACGAUGAGGCCCGCCGUCAUUCUGAUGCCCAGAAGAACCUGAGGAAGUGUGAGAGGCGCAUCAAGGAGCUCACCUUCCAGUCCGACGAGGACAAGAAGAACCACGAGAGGAUGCAGGACCUUGUUGACAAGCUUCAACAGAAGAUCAAGACCUACAAGCGCCAGAUCGAGGAGGCCGAGGAGAUCGCCGCCCUGAACUUGGCCAAGUUCCGCAAGGCCCAACAGGAGGUUGAAGAAUCUGCAGUUUAAGUCAUUACUUUGACUUAUAUUCAGUGUAAAUAAAGACAAACACGUUAAUGCCUCAGUUAUGAGGAAUAUCCACUAUUAAUGUGGUAAAACAAAGUUAAUAUAUUAUUUAUUUACAUAGUAAUAUGAGUAACUGAUGAUUACACUGAAUAUCUAGAAUCAUCUUAAUUAAUGUAAAAUAACUCAUACUGAUAAGAAUACAUGAAAACGUUACACAAUUAUAAAUUGUAUGAGAAUAUAAAUAUAUAUUUGAUGAAAGAUCAAA